UGUGUUUCCAGUUUCCACCAUCAGUAAACUGCACCUUCUCAUCAUCAGCACCAUCAUCAUGGCCUCCUCCAACAGGCACUGGCCCAGCAUGUUCAAGUCCAAACCCUGCAGCAACCACCACCACCACCAGUGGCAGCAGCAUGACAGUGCCUCCCCUAAUUGCCACCCCAAGCCCACCCCUUACUCCUCAGGGUUGGAGGAGAGGAGCCCUGAGCCGAAGCCGCGGUGGAACCCUAGGCCGGAGCAGAUCCGGAUCCUGGAGGCGAUCUUCAACUCCGGGCUGGUGAACCCGCCGCGGGAGGAGAUCCGCAAGAUCCGAGCCCGGCUGCAGGAGUAUGGCCAGGUCGGCGACGCCAACGUCUUCUACUGGUUCCAGAACCGCAAGUCCCGCAGCAAGAGCAAGCUCCGCGGCAGCGCCGCCGCCGGCCGCAGUAACCCCCAGCCUGCUCUUCCCUCCACUACCAACGCCCCCUCCUCCACCACCGUCGCAGCGAUAACGACCACCUCCUCAUCCUCCUCCUCCUCCUCCUCGCCGGAGAAAUCCAGCGCGGGGUACGGAAAAGCCUUACAAGUCAUGCAAUUAGCUCCGCCGCAGCCGCCGCCGCCACCACCUCCUCCACUUCCGACCACGGCUGCUUCAUUGACGAAUACCCAAACGUAUCUGCCCCUGGACCUCAGCGGCAUAGGAGAUCACUUCCUCAACCUUCAGUACUUCGCCGGCUUCCACGCCGCCACCGCCGACAUCAGCUCCACCGCCCUGUGGGGUGAGCUCUUAGGGCAAACCCCAAACAAGAGUGCUGCUGUUCAAUUGCACCAUCUCUAUGGAACUGGACCUUCUUUUACCACUGCUGCCGCCGCCACCACCACCACGACGGCCACAACCACAACCACAAACCCUAUCACUGAGAUACAAGGACUAAUAGGAGGAGGAGGAAGAUCGACUGUGUUCAUCAACGAGGUUGCAUUUGAGAUAGUGCCCGGGUCGCGGCUGAAUGUGAAGGAGGCCUUCGGCGGUGAGGCUUUGCUUCUCGAUCACUCCGGCCGCCCUGUGGUCACCAAUGAAUUGGGCAUCACCGUUCAUCCGCUUCAACACGGAGCUUCUUACUAUUUGGCUUGA